CAGACAUCUAGCAUGCACCCUAAGACACCACUUUCUUGUCUUUCAAACCAGCAACUUAUUAACGAAGUCAAGGCAUCUAGACGGAGCUUAAGAGAGAUGAAAACUCAGAUACAGUCUCUGACAAAUGGUAUGACUGAAACUGUGGCAAAUGACGUUGGAGAGGGGCUCUAUUCUUCCAUCGAAGAAAAUCCUCCAGAUGACAGUUUUUUAGAAUUAUUUUGGAAAGAGCAGAAAAGGGCAUUCAAGUCCAGUCCUAAAGGCAUGCGAUGGCACCCUAUGAUGAUACGUUUUGGGAUAUUUUUGCAAUACCAAAGCGCUAGAGCAUACGAAUCAAUUAGAGAAUCUGGAGUGCUAAAAUUACCCAACAAGUCAACAUUGAGGGAUUACACCAAUGUUAUAACACCAGCCACUGGCUUUCAACCAUGUGUAUUUGAGGAACUUACAAAGAUGGCCAAAGACCUCCCUCCAGAGAAAAGGUAUGUGGCACUCCUCCACGACGAAAUGAAAGUUAAGGCUGACUUAGUUUAUGACAAAAGGAGCGGGCAAAUAAUUGGAUUUACCAACCCAGAAACUUGGACAUUCAAUGAGGAUGAAGUUAGUAAAAUCGCUACCCAUGUCUUGGUUUUUAUGGUGGUUGGCAUUAACUCUCAUAUUAAAAUGAGCAUUGGACAUUUCCCAACCCGGACAUCAACAGCGGAUGAGCUGUAUCCAUUGUUUUGGAGAGCUGUGGCUUACCUGGAAAUAACAUGUGGACUGAAGGUAAUCACAUCUACUAGUGACAAGGCCUCCCCAAAUCAGCGUUUGUACAGGCUUCACAGAGUUGGAAAUGAGCCAGUUGUUUACAAAGCUAAGAACGAAUUCGCAGAAGAUGAAGAACGCUACCUCUACUUCAUAUCAGAUGUUCCCCAUUUAGUUAAGACUAUACGAAAUAACAUCAGCAAGUCAAAGCCAGGUGGAACAAAGUAUCUCUGGAAUAACAACAAGAACAUUCUUUGGUCUCAUGUGACACAGUUAUGUAACGAUGAUAUGGCAAGACAGUUAUACAGAACCAAGCUAACAUAUGAACAUGUCUACUUGACACCAUCAUCAACAAUGUCUGUUAAACUUGCAGUUCAGGUGCUGAGCAGUUCUGUGGCCAGAGUUAUGGAAGCCUACUAUGGACCACAGAUGUCAGAAACUGCCACGCUGUUCAAGCUUUUGGACAGAUUUUUUGACUGUCUAAAUGGUAGAUCAUUGAAGGAAUCAGCUUUCACAAGAAAGCCUGAUGUUGCUCCUUACAAAUCUCUUAAUGACCCAAGAUUUCAGUUCCUUGAGCAUGAGUUCCUACAGUACUUUGAGCGAUGGCUACAAGCUGUUAGGGCUAGACCAGGAUUCACCAAGGCAGAACAGAACAAAAUGUUCAUUUCAUUUCAAACUCAUGAAGGAAUAAUUAUGACAGUGAAAGCAUUCGUUGAGGCCACGAAGUACCUCCUGCAACAUAACCUGCCGUAUGUGCUGAGCAACGAUUUUUGCCAGGACCCCCUAGAGGAGCAUUUUGGAAGGCAUAGGAGAUUGGGGGCAAACCAGGACAACCCAACUGUUCACCAGUUUAGGUAUUGUUUAUUUUUACUAAAACAAUGAUUAUA